AUGUCGCCCAAGCUCAAGCCGCUGCUUCUGCCGCAGAUGGUGGAGGAUCGCCGCAAGUGGGAAGUACAACAAGUUAGCCCCGAGACAGACCUCUCAUACGUCUACUACACAACAAAUUCGUCCUCAUCCGAUGUUGCUUCACCACUCACUCCGACUUUCUCUCCUGGCAAGGGUCACUUCCGCAUGUCCAGCUCGACGUCUUCUCUCGAUCUGCCACCGCAAUUGAACGAAAGUCCUGUAUCUCCUACGCCAUCGGUCCACACAAAACCACCAAUGCGAUCAUUGCCCGAUGUUCAAGAAGAGCCUUUGGAACCCGAACACAACAACUACGACGACGAUGUCGACCGUAAUAGUCUUGCUCCUUCGGACCAGUUUAGUCUCUAUGACUGCUUGUGUAUGUCUUGUUCGUCUGGUCAGGCCGUCAUAUCUUCCCGCAAGGAUGCGUGUUUGGCCUGCCACCUUCGUAAUCGUGGAGUUACUAACCCAGCCUCUUCCCGUGUAGGCGACAACCAAUGUGAGCCCCGAAAUAGUUCCGAGGAUAUCAUGUUUGACGGCAACAUUGUUGGCGACUACGAUAUCGACUACGACAUGGGUUUCUUGAGUGACGGUGACAUGCCCAUGGACGAGCGCUCUCGCAAGAAGAGAUCAGGUAGCGAGUCACCCUUUGCCGGCCUCACGUCACGCAUCGGUGCCCGCUUCCCCAACAUGUCUAUCUGGAAACCAAACGGCCGUCGAGGCAACCCGAUGAUGUCGCCCAGCACCGAACUCAGCUUGGAAAGCGUUGUACUGUCUGGAGGUCCUUCAAGUCGGUCGUCAUCCAUGUCUGCGCCCUGCCGACCUGGUCAGGAGCGCGCGAUGGAAAACACUGGACUCCCUACUCCUGCAGUAUCUUACUAUGGAAGCACCGAGAGUAUCAACCUACCCGCACCUAUCGACAUCGAAAAGGCGCAAGCUCUUGUCGAGCGAUCCGACCUUGAGCGAGAGCGAGGCAUGGCCACAACACCUCUACUACCUCCAUUAAUGACCAGUCCUCUCUGUGGACCCCCGCCAGAGUCUCCUCUCCAAUCACCAACCAUCGCACCACCCUCUUCGACUACCGAAGUCCCUUCGCCAGUCCCUUCUGCGACACAGUUCCCUCGACCAUCUCUUAGCACGAAGCCUUCAGUGUCAUCCUUCCGCUUUGGAUGCAACAGCCCUGAGGUUCCACUACCCCUCCCAUCGAUCCUGCAGGAGCACGACGAAUGGUCUGAUCGCCUUGGUCAUGCCAACUUCACCAUCACCCCGCAGCCUUAUCAACCCGAGUCCGUAAACAUGGAGACCCUCCAUCAGCUGCGCAACGAUUGGGACACUGCACGAUGCAACUACACCAAGCACCUUGUACGCACGGGAGAGAACUAUGGCGAGACCAGCAAGAUCUAUGCUCUUACCGAGGCCAAAUGGACCGACAUCGAAAAGCGAUGGAGGACAACCCACGAUGGACUCAUGGCCCAGAUCGUGGAAGCUACCAGCUCUGCUCCCGGUUCAACAAGUGGUUCACGAAGCCGCAGCCGCGGUCGUGGACGAGCACGAGCCAACAGUGGCGGUUCCAUGCUUGGUCGACCCCCUCCCCUGGACGAUGUCUUUGCUGGUAUGCAAUGGAAGCGCCUCGAGGAUGGACUGCCCAGCGCUAUUCCCCGUCUGGUGGAUGCGGAUGGCAAGUUCCCCGCCCGAGGCGACGAGGACAUUGUAGGACCUAUGCAACGGGACGAGGUGAUGCUACGGACGCACAGUGAGGAGCGCAAGAGCGCACGAUUCUGGAAGAGCCUCGCAGGCAAAGUUGGCCUGCGAAAGUAA